ACCUAAACAAUCAAUCGGAGGUUGCGCAUAUAACUGCCUGGAGCAAAUCGCAUGAAUCCAUCGAGAGCCAGAUGACGGAGAUUAUAAAUUCUGCUCUACCUCACCGCUUUUGAAGGCGCCGAAUUGGGUAAUUGUAAACAGCACAGAAGGACGGGUGCUUGGGAUUUUGAGAUACGAACGCGCAGAAUGGCAAAUACUAAGAAGCCGAUCGGGAUUGAUGUUGCGAAUGCGAAGACUUUGACUGAUUUUAUUAAGGAUUAUUUACCAACUGACACCCCAUGGCCGUCUUUCACGCACCCCGCAACUGAGGAGAAAUACACGAUCGAACUCCAAAAUUCAUCCAAUCUCACCCGUGAUGAACUCACAGCUUGCUUUUCCCUGGUAGAAGAAAGCAGCAAAGGUGAUUACUCCGCCAGCAAGCAAGGAUGGAAACCCGCCGCCAAACGGCGAGAGAUGCGCCUUCUCGAGUUGAAAUACCUUCUCGUCCGCAGCUCCAAACCCCAUGACGUGGAAGAAGCGGGAAAGUUAGGGGAUAUUAUCGAGGCGUUUGUCAGUUUUAUGCCUACGAUCGAAGAUGAGCAGGAGGUCCUUUACGUUUAUGAGAUUCACCUUGCGCCCUCGCUGAGGCGGUCUGGGCUGGGGAGGAGGCUUAUGAUGCUUGUGGAGGGUGUGGCGCGGAGGAUUGGGGUGGAGAAGGUUAUGUUGAGUUGCUUUACGAGGAAUAAGGUGGCUAAGGGGUUUUAUGAGGAGAUUGGGUAUGGGAAGGAUGAGUAUAGCCCGCCGCGGAGGAUGUUGAGGGAUGGGAGGGAGGUGGAGGAGGCGUAUGUUAUUUUGAGUAAGAGGGUUGGAGGACGUGAAUAAUACACUCAGAGCUGGAACUUUGGUUUCAAUGCUAGAGAGGGACAUGCACAGUGGAGGAUAUCCAGAUGGCAAUAUACAUUUUCUCUCGAUUCGGGUUUCUCAACACUCCUUAUAUUGCGCCAUACUGAAAGAACAAUCACAUAUGAC